CUUCAUAUAAAUUAUCUUUCUUUCUCUACACCACUACUACUUCAUCUCUUCCUCAAAACCAAAACCAAAACCCCUUUGUGGUAUUCUUUCAUAGACAAAACUGUUUCAUUGUCUAAGUUUAUAAUACCACAUAUAUAUCAUAUCAACACCUAAUGCUGUCAGAAAUGAACACAGAAGCCAUGGAGGAACAUGUCUCAAGUAACAACGAUUCAGCAAACAUAGCCAAAGGGAAGCGCACAAAGCGGCGCUUGAGGCCUUUGUCUCCUUGCCUUGUCGCCACUACGACCACCGUCACCACUACUGCUGUCGCCAUGAUGUCUAGUUGUUCAAGCGCUUCCGGUGACGGCGGUGCAUCGCUUUCAUCCACCACCUUCGAGGACGACGAGGAAGACAUGGCUAACUGUUUGAUUCUCCUAGCGCAGGGAAAAGGAGGGGAUUCUCGUGGUAAGACCCUACCAGAUGAUGUGAAGAAGACAGAGAAGGGUAGCACCAAAAGUAUUGAUUUUUAUGUUUAUGAGUGCAAAACAUGCAACCGAACAUUCCCUUCUUUUCAAGCACUAGGAGGCCACAGGGCGAGUCACAAGAAGCCUAAAAUCAUAGCUCAAGAAGACAAGAAGUCCUCAUCAUCAUCGUUAUCACCACCACCACCACCAUCGUCAUCGCAAGUUUUUAGCUUUGAAGAAGCAAAACAAGGUCACAUGAAGGCUAUUAGCCCUCCUUCUGUUUCCCUUCAAUUAGGGUGUGGCAACAACAAGGGUGGCUCCAAUUUCCAUGGAAACAAGUCCAAGAUUCAUGAGUGUUCCAUUUGUGGGGCAGAAUUCACAUCAGGGCAAGCAUUGGGUGGUCACAUGAGGAGGCAUAGGGCAUCUAACAAUAAUAAUACUGUUCACAAAACAACUUCUGAUGAUGCCGUUCAAGUUAAGCCUCGGAAUCUUCUAGAAUUGGAUCUCAACCUUCCGGCGCCGGAGGAAGAUCUCCGGGACUCCAAGUUUCAGUUUCCGGCGAAUCAGAAUUCUAUUAUGCUGUCGGCUGCUCCGGCUUUGGUGGGAUGCCAUUAUUAGAAGCCAGGGUGGGAAUUGGAUGGAGAGGGGGGAAAAAGUUAUAUUAUUUGAUCAAUGAUGAUCAUUGUGAAUUAUUAGCUUUAUUUUAAUUUACAAUUAUUCUUAAUUAUCGAUUCUUUGGAUUAUUUUUCAGUUUAUUAAUAAUUUCCCAUUUGGAUGAUCUACUUGUUCAAGCUUUGGAAUACUUUGAGUAACUAAGUGGUUAGUGUUCAUGGUUGCCUUUCA